AUGUAUCACAGUCCAUCAGAAGCAGUGAGCGAGCCUCAACGGCGUGGAUUUGCGGUGGAGGAGCCUCAGGGCCGAGGAGAAUCUGACCGGGAUGACUUAUCUGUGGCAGGGGUGCAGCCUUUUAUAGAGCUGACGGGAGAAUGGACUCACCAGGUCAUUCUGCAACGAGACGACAUCUGUUCCCUAACGUUGAAGAAAUACAACAUCACCAUACUUUUUUUUAUAUAA